AUGUUGAAGAUAUUUUUUGUACUGUCUUGUUUAACUGUCGUACCAUAUCAGAUUGCAACUGCGCAAUGUGUAAACAGACAAUCGCCAUGCAACCUUAUAAAUGAAGCUAUCGGCGAAACGCCUAGAAAUAUUAUUACACAACCUAUUGCAACCACGUUUACAUCACAAAAUACGAUAGUAGAAACUCCUUGUAAUGUUUGUAAUUCCGUACACCAAAUACCAAUAACGAAUUUAUUUCCAGCACCGACAACUAUAAUAACCGACUAUUCUCCGGCUGUCUGUAAAAACUUAGCUGACGCACUGCAACUAAUGGUCGUUUGCAAUCUAUUACAAAAUACUAAAGGAACUUCAGAUUUGGCUUUACGGCUUUCAUCUCCAAUUUUAAAUGAGGUGCUGUCUUCUUCAUUUUCAUGCGGUUGUGCAAAUCCUCUUUAUUGGAACACUAUUCCACCUAACUUAAUAUCAUCUCCUGUUUUUAGUCCUAACGUUAUUCCUUCUUCUGGUUAUAUUUCAGCAGUUCCUUCGAACCCAAUAGGAAACACGGGUAACAAUGGAUUAUAUACAAAUAUCUUAAAAUUUAUUGAAUAA